AAGAUACCCCACUGCUAUUCCUCAAGCCCCACAGCCGCAAGGAUAUCCUCAGACCGGUGGAUACAAUACACCUUAUCAGCGUCCGGGAACUGCCCCGGGGCAAUCCCAACAGGCAGCAGCAGCACCAGCAGCAGCAGCACAGCAUGCUCAGUCCCAGCAGCAACAGCCGACAGUAGCAGUACAGCGAGGCCAGUACCAGCAGCAGCACCAGCCGGUAGCAGCACAGCAUGCUCAGUACCAGCAACAGCAGCCGGCAGUGGCAGCACAGCGAGGCCAGUACCAGCAACAGCAGCCGGCAGUGGCAGCACAGCGAGGCCAGUACCAGCGACAGCAGCCGGCAGUAGCAGCACAGCGAGGCCAGUACCAGCAGCCGGCAGUAGCAGCACAGCGAGGCCAGUACCAGCAACAGUCAGGAGCAGCUCCUCAAGGGCGUCCUGCGCCUCGUACGCCGCCGAGCAAUAGUGUGCCGCUCGGUCGCCUGGGGGACUACAGUUCUUCGGCAGCUAGAAUGGCAUCAGCUGGUGGAAUGGUAUAUAAUGCUCCUCCUCCUCCAGCUGUUGGGAGCUCCUACAGACGACCAGUGCAGUAUGCGGCAGGCUCACCGCAGCCUCAGCCGGCGCCACAGCUCCCACCUAAACCUAAUGACCCCUUCGCGACUCUGAACCCGUUUGCCAAUGGAGGAGGGCUCAGCUAGGGCCGGCAGCAGACCUCUUUGAUGAGUUGACUGUUGUUGCUGUCUAUACUAACUGUUCAGAUGAGCGUUUGCAGCCUUUCACAAAGAAGUGUAGGUGUGGCAGCUUCUGUUUCAUUU